AUGGCUCAAGACAUAUCUAGUAGAUGUAGCUUCAAAGGUAAAGAAAUUCAAAAUCCUCGGCGAAAUGGUGAAGGCCAAACAGAAAGCAAUUGUUCCUCUGAAUCAUGGCUUAUCGACGUAAAAAAGGCUUUCAUUCCUCCACAUAAAAUGUGGCAAGUUUCUACAAAGGUUUGCAUUUAUAGGAUGCCGAAAUGCAUCAUGGAUUGGAAAGUGGAAGCCUAUGCUCCUUCUGUAAUAUCGUUUGGGCCAUACCAUCACAGGAAAAUCCCUCGACUAUUUCUUAUGGAUCAAUAUAAACUCGAAGCAGUUCAUAGAGUGUUGGCAAGAUUGGAUAUAAAUGUUACCGAAUUGGUUGGCGAGAUUCAAAAACUGGAAAGUGAAAUAAGAGAAUGUUAUGGAGAACCACUUGAGUGGGAUGGUGAAACAUUAUCUUGGAUGCUAACAAUGGAUGCUUGCUUUAUUCUUGAAUUCUUUAAAUCCUUAGCCAAACCAAGAUGUGACAGUGAUAUAAAUUGCUUUAGUCUUGUUUUUCAAAAUGACGAUACUUGUAACUCCAUGUUACUUGAUAUCUUAGAUGAUAUUUUAAAGAUGGAAAACCAAAUUCCACUAUACAUUCUCAUAACUCUUCUUCAAUUGGAGUAUGAGACCCGGGAAAAGACAAUUACAGAGUUAGUUGAACGGCUGAUUAUGUCCCCAUUAUUUGAUGGGUCUCCCUUUUUUUCCUCGUUUUCAAAUGAUCAGACUAAAUUAAAGUUGAAGGAACAUUUACAGAAGAAUCCCCCUCCAUUCUAUCUACUGGAUUUGUCUAGAAUGCUGAUUAUAGAUGUGUUGGCGCAUCCAAGUCCGGAAUCAGCUCCUGUUGUUGAAUAUCCUGAUGGUAACGACGAUAAUAAUAUCACCAAUGACCGUGAACGGUGUGGAUGGUGGAGGAAUGUGGGACUACCUGAUUGGAGGCAACGUCUUAGCUGUGUCGAUAUACUUAAUAACUGUUUUCAUGCUACCAACUCCACCCUUGGUCAGCAGUUAUCCGAUAGUACCACAUAUAUACCUUGUUUCCAAUUACAAGGCGCUGGUAUCAAAUUUCAACCCGGGAAAAUCAGAUUUGAAAAGAAAAGGUGUCGAAGCAGUACGCUUUUCCUCCCUGGAAUCAUAGUGGACCGCUGCACAGAAACAAGGUUGCGGAACUUGAUGGCUUAUGAAGAAUGUCAGAGGUGCUCGUGGUCUCCUCAAGAGACAGUAAUUUCACAAUAUGUAAUGAUGUUUUGGAAUUUAAUCGAUUCAGAAAAAGAUGUUUCUAUACUUAAAAAACUCGGACGUCAUUUGGAGCAUCACCGGCAGCGACGAAGAUACGGCUCGUAUGUUCAGCCGUAUGAUUGA